AUGGACAUUCCUCUUCGUCGUCGUGCUGUCCAACAAAUCCAAUUAGUAGCAUGGAAACAACUACCUACUGGGUUGUGGAAACUUAAUGUUGAUAGCAGUUGUAGGGGGAAUCCGGGUACCUGUGGUGGUGGUGGUGGAGUUGUGUGUGAUCAUCGAGGAGUGCCUGUUGGUGCCUUUUCAGAACAAUUUGGCGUCAGCACCAAUACUGAGGCAAAGUUGUGUGCUUUAUUACAUGGGGUGAAAUUUCACAAACAACUGGGUGGUCGCCGAGUCAUUUUAGAAUGCGACUCAAAGGUGAUAAUGGACUGGCUCAAUGCUCGGUGCUGUAACUUAUGGUAUUUAUGGAAUUUUUGGGAUGAGUUACUUCAAGAACUUGAAGGCUUAUCGUAUCAAGUAGUUCAUCAAUUUUGUGAAGGUAAUCAAGUAGCGGAUCUCCUUGCGAUAAGAUGUGAAGCUGGCUAG